GCCUCGAACUCCGACGUCGUCGAGGCGCUGCCGGGGCUCGACAUCCCUGUCUCCCAGUGCUGGAAGAGCUACACGGGCUACCUGGAUGUAGAAGCGGGCACCAAGGCCUUGUUUCAUUGGUACCACGAGGCCGUGGAGGACGCGGCGUCGAAGCCGCUCGUGCUCUGGCUCAACGGCGGGCCGGGCUGCUCGAGCCUCGGCGGCAUGUUUACGGAGCUCGGGCCCUACGUGCUCGACGCGGCGGGCGCCGUCACGCUCAACCCUUAUUCGUGGAACACGGUCGCGAACGUGCUCUUCAUCGAGCAGCCCGCGGGCGUCGGCUUCUCGUACCCGAACGCGACGAUCGACGACGCGACGACGGCGUCGGACACCUACGAGGCGCUCGUGGCCUUCUUCGCGGCGCACCCGGAGCUCGAGGGCCGCGAAUUCUACGUGGCGGGCGAGUCGUACGGAGGCCACUACGUGCCGAACACGGCCGCGGCCGUCGAGGCGGGCAACGCUGCGCUACCGGAAAACGACGCGGCGCGCAUCAACUUGAAGGGAUUCAUGGUAGGCAACGGCUACUGCGACUGGCAGCUCGACUUCAACGCGAACGUCGCGAACGGCCGCUACCACGCGCUGACGAGCCAGGCGGACUUCGAGGCCGCGCAAACUGCCUGCGGCGGCGACUUCGCGCGCUGCUUCUGGCCCCGCGACGACGUGCACUGCCCCGCGGCCUGCGGCGACGCCGUCGAGGCGACGACGAAGUGGGCCAUGGACGGCUCGAUAGACAUCUACGACAUCUACGAGGACGUGUGCCUCGACGCGGACCAGGAGCGCCUCAAGACGCAGGCCUUCGUGCUCGAGGCCGAGCGGCGGUCGCGGCGCGCGGACGGUUUCCUCGGGGCCACGACGAUCUCGCCCGUCUUCCCGACGUGCGCGGACACCUACGUCAAAAAGUACCUCAACACGCCGGCCGUCCAGGCGGCCAUCGGCGUCCGCGCGGGCACGAUCCCGGGCGGCGCCUGGGCCGAUUGCGGCGUGAUGACGUCCCAGUACGAAUUCAACUACGCGUCGGAGCUGCCGAACUACGAGCGGUGGACGAAGGACGGGGAUUUGGAGAUCCUCAUUUACAACGGCGACGCGGACUAUAUUUUAUCGCACAUGGGCAACGCGCUGUGCAACGCGGCUUGGAUCGCCAGCCUCAACUUGACGGUCGCGUCGCCCUGGGCCGCGUGGAAGGGCUCGGACGGCCAGGUCGCGGGCUAUUUCGAGACCUACGCGGCGAGCGGGUCCUUCACGUUCCUCACCGUGAAGGGCGCGGGACACAUGGUGCCGAAGGACCGCCCGCGCCACGCGCUCGACAUGUUCGCGCGGUUCCUC